AUUGGCUGGGACGGGAAGGGGAGGGUCUGAUUCUUUAAACAAACUUUUCCGAGGGACUGCCCGCUUCCCUUCCCACAUAGUGCUGUGUCUGGAACACUGGACAAAAGGCGUUUGAGGGAGUCCCACAUAUUUCUACCUGAAGCCAAGGCCCAAACAAAGCUGCCGUCAUGUCGAGCAAGCGCGCCAAGGGGAAGACGACGAAGAAGCGCCCCCAGAGGGCCACCUCCAACGUGUUCGCCAUGUUUGACCAGUCGCAGAUUCAGGAAUUCAAAGAAGCCUUCAACAUGAUUGACCAGAACAGAGACGGCUUCAUCGACAAAGAAGAUCUGCAUGAUAUGUUGGCCUCUUUGGGUAAAAACCCAUCUGAUGAAUACUUGGAGGGCAUGAUGAGCGAAGCACCGGGACCCAUCAACUUCACCAUGUUUCUCACCAUGUUUGGGGAAAGGCUCAAUGGCACCGACCCAGAAGACGUUAUCCGCAAUGCCUUUGCCUGUUUUGACGAGGAAGGUUCUGGUGUUAUCCACGAGGACCAUCUGAGGGAACUUCUUACCACCAUGGGCGACCGCUUCACCGACGAAGAAGUGGACGAGCUCUUCCGUGAGGCGCCCAUCGAUAAGAAGGGCAAUUUUAACUACGCCGAAUUCACCCGUAUUCUCAAACAUGGCGCUAAAGACAAGGAUGACGAGUAGAGCAGAAAGGGGACGCGGCUACCCACCUGCGCCCGUACACUCACGUCACCACCCGUCCAUUUGCCCGUCCGACUUUUAUGAAGUAAUACAUACCAUGCCAUUAAAGGUUUUGGUUUCAUUUGAUUAUAAAAUAUUUUCUAAUAAUCUUGAAGCUUAUCAUGAAGUGCUGCAUCUCAUUGACUGAUAGCGUUGGGAUGCUUUUCAACACACAAUGCAGAGGGCCAAUCUGAUGCACAAUAUCUGAAAUGCUUACCCUCUUUCAACCAUUUAGCUAGCACGCUUGCACAAAGCAAUGGAAUUUUUCCCGAGAAUAGGUUUAAGUAUGAAUUUACAGAAAAUGGACCUUGAAGUAGAUUGCUCCUAUUGUGUUUAUUCCUUUCUGACGGCGGCUGGGAACUCACGCCUGAGAAUGAAUCUGAUCGAAUUCUAAGAUCUCAAAGGAAUUGAAUCAAAGAUUUGACCUCUACAUGGUUAUAAAGUAAAAAUACUUGCAUUUAUUUUCAAGAUACUAUAUGGCCCUGAUAGGAAAAGCUUCCUUCCCCUGCUUUUUAUGACAAUGGAAUGUGGGGUGUGGUGUGCAGUAUGUGGAAAUGAUAAGUGUUUUUAGUGAAAACUCCGAUUUCACCAGCUGGUUUUGUAUUUGAUCAGAAAGUGUAUUGUGAAACAGCAGGUUGUAAAUUGCCAAGGUGAAUAAAGAAGGAUUUACUAUA